AUGGCUCGAGUCUCAGCUCUUCUCUCGUUUUCCUUAACACUUUUGGUCUUUCUCCAUGGCUACACAGCUCAACAAUCUCAACAAACUCAGCAAGCUCAGUUUCCAAACGAGUGUCAGCUCGACCAGCUCAAUGCGCUCGAGCCGUCACACGUACUCAAGUCCGAGGCUGGUCGCAUCGAGGUUUGGGACCACCAUGCUCCUCAGCUACGUUGCUCUGGAGUCUCUUUCGUACGUUACAUCCUUGAAGAAAAGGGCCUUUACUUGCCUUCUUACUUGAACACUGCUAAGCUCUCCUUCGUCGCUAGCGGACGAGGUCUUAUGGGGAGAGUGAUCCCGGGAUGUGCCGAGACAUUCCAAGACUCGUCAGUGUUCCAACCACGUGGUGGCAGCCAACAACAAGGCCAAGGAUUCCGUGACAUGCACCAGAAAGUAGAGCACAUAAGGAGCGGAGACACCAUCGCCACACAACCCGGUGUAGCCCAGUGGUUCUACAACGAGGGACAGCAACCACUUAUCAUUGUCGCUGUUAUGGAUUUAGCUAGCCACCAGAACCAGCUCGACCGCAACCCAAGGCCAUUUUACUUAGCUGGAAACAACCAGCAAGGCCAGGAAUGGAUAAGAGGACGAGAGCAACAGCCACAGAACAACAUCCUUAGUGGCUUUGCACCAGAGGUUCUUGCUCAAGCUUUCAAGAUUGAUGUUCAGACAGCCCAACAGCUUCAGAACCAGCAAGACAACCGUGGAAACAUUGUCCGAGUCCAAGGUCAGUUCGGUGUCAUUAGACCACCUUUGAGGAGACAGAGACCGCAGGAGGANGAAGAAGAAGGUACUAACGGUUUAGAGGAGACGGUAUGCAGCCAGAGAGUCACCGAUAACCUCGAUGACCCAUCACGUGCUGACGUGUACAAGCCACAGCUCGGUUACAUCAGCACUCUUAACAGUUUCGAUCUUCCCAUCCUCCGCCAGAUCNGUCUCUCAGCCCUCCGUGGUUCGAUCCGUCAAAACGCAAUGGUCCUACCACAGUGGAACGCAAACGCAAACGCAAUUCUCUACGUGACAAACGGAGAAGCCCAAAUCCAGGUGGUUAACGACAACGGUAACAGAGUGUUCGACGGACAACUCUCUCAAGGACAGCUAUUGGUUUUACCUCAAGGUUUCGCGGUGGUGAAACGCGCAACAAGCGAUCAGUUCCAGUGGAUCGAGUUCAAGACAAACGCAAACGCACAGAUCAACACUCUUGCGGGACGUACAUCGGUCUUGAGAGGUUUACCACUAGAGGUCAUAACCAAUGGGUUCCAAGUCUCACUCGAGGAAGCAAGGAAAAUCAAGUUCAACACACUCGAGACCACUUUGACUCACAGUAGUGGUCCUGUUAGCCACGGUAGGCCAAGGGUAGCUGUUGCUUGA